CCCAACCACAGCAUGAUAUACAGAUCGCGUCCUACAUGCGUAGAAUUUCAUUUACGACGGCGUCUGACUCAUUUGACAGUUUAUAAAUAUACUCAAAGCCCAAAUGGAUUUAUGAUUCAUAGUUGCAUGUUCACUGCAAUCUCCGGACCGCCUUAGAAAAACAUACCUAUACUGUAGCGCUUCCCUGCUUCGUGUGAGGGAGCGCUACAAGCUGAUUUAUCGUCACUUUAAGCUCAAAUGUGCGGCCAAGGGAGGGCAGAUGGCACUAUUUUGCGAUCUGAUGCGUUGCUGGCAAGCAUUUCCGUAAUGUGGUUUUACUUCAGCAUGACAGAGAUUGCCUGAUUUGUCUGUCCUAAUUUCAAGCCAGACGUAUAUUAUUUCAUACAGCCAGCGCGGACGCAUGCACGCGUUUAACUAUCUUCUGUAUGCACAAUUUUAUCGGGCACGAGAUCCUCGUUCAGUCAUACAAGACUUUCAAACGGAUGCAGUCGUUAUGGUAAAGCUGUGCAUGCGUUAAAGUUAUCCGUUGACGAUUCGCGGUUUAUACUACAUGGUGAUAAGAAGGACUUCACCGGAGACAAGGAUGUCGAAACGGCUUCGAAAUAGCGAAGUUUGUGCGGAUUGCAGCAGUUCGGAUCCUCACUGGGCGUCUGUAAACAGAGGAGUUCUCAUAUGUGACGCCUGCUGCGGCGUACACCGCAGUUUGGGUCGCCACAAUUCGCAAGUGCGGCAUUUGUCACACACGCCUUGGCCGCCCACCCAGCUUCAGAUGGUUCAGAUAUUAUACAACAACGGUGCUAAUGCAAUAUGGGAGCACACACUGCUGGAUCCCUCAUCUUUAAUGAGCGGGAAACGCAAAACCAAUCCUCAGGAUAAAGUCCAUCCCAACAAGACAGAGUUCAUAAAAGCGAAGUAUCAAAUGCUGGCUUUCGUCCAUCGUUUACCCUGUCGAGACGACGACAGUUCAGCAGCUGCAGAUCUAAGCAAGCAACUUCACUCAAGUGUUAGAACUGGCAAUCUUGAGACUUCUUUACGGUUACUGUCGCUUGGAGCACAAGCCAACUUUUUCCACCCGGAAAAAGGAAACACACCACUUCACAUAGCAGCUAAGGCAGGACAGGUGUGCCAGGCUGAGCUACUGUGUGUUUAUGGGGCGGAUCCUGGAGCUCCGGACUCUUAUGGCAAAACACCCAUCAACUAUGCAAGGCAGGCCGGCCAUCAGGACCUAGCAGACCGGCUGGUGGAGAUACAGUAUGAGCUUACAGACAGACUUGCCUUCUACCUCUGUGGGCGAAAGCCUGAUCACAAGAAUGGACAGCACUUCAUUAUACCACAGAUGGCGGACAGAAGUGUGGAGUUAUCGGAGUUUGCAAAAGCUGCGAAAAGAAAACUGCAAUCUCUCAGCGAUCAUUUGUUUGAGGAACUGGCAAUGGACGUGUACGAUGAGGUAGACCGAAGGGAGACAGAUGCAGUCUGGCUGGCCACUCAGAACCACAGCGCCUUGGUAACGGAGACAACAGUUGUGCCUUUCCUUCCUGUGAACCCCGAGUACUCAUCGACACGCAACCAGGGACGACAAAAGCUUGCGAGAUUUAAUGCUCAUGAAUUUGCCACACUUGUGAUUGAUAUUCUAAGUGAUGCAAAGCGGCGUCAACAGGGGAGUUCAGUGUCAAGCCCCAAAGACAACGUCGACAACGUUUUCUUCAAAAGUCUAAGUAGCCGUCAUGGAAGUGACAACCAAGAAAUCGACCAGCCAGACUAUGACAGCGUGGCAUCAGAUGAGGACACCGACACAGAAUUGCGAAUCGGUAAAGCAGACCGAACUAAGAGUUUGGACUCGGACUUGUCCGAUGGCCCGAUUUCCGUGCAGGAGUUUCUGGAAGUGAAGAACGCUCUCUCAGCCUCUGAGGUCAAAAUACAGGAACUAAUGAAGGCCAACAGUAACCUGAGCGAAGAGCUGAAACUGGUGCAAAAAAAGCUACAGUCUCUGCAAAGUGAGAACGGCUCUCUCAGACGCCAGGUCUCAUCUCAACAGCCCUAUCAGGCCCCCGGGGGUCCUGACCACCCCAAUCCUUCCAGCCCCUCCUCCUGUUCCUCCUCUUCCUCCUCCUCUGCCCUGAAAUGGCACCUGUCUGCACGGGCGAGCCGCCCCAUGUCUAUGUAUGAAACCAGCUCUGGUCUGAAGCCCUUUCUUUCCAAGGGAGAGGCCAUUUACCCCGAGGAGACCUUCCCUUCCUUGCAACCCUUCCCGACCCAUGCCUCCAAGUUUGGCAAGCAUAGUAGCGCAUCCGACGGUGACUAUGACAACACGGUCAACGAAUCCGAUCUGGAUGACUCAGGCAGAUUUGUCCGUAGAUGUCGUCUACGCAGCAGCGGUUGGAUGGGAGAGAGCAACUCCAUACCAGAGCUGGACGAUCACGAAUGCGAGUCUGACCCCAGUCUGCCCAGCACAGAAGACGUCAUCCGGAAAACCGAGCAGAUCACCAAGAAUAUCCAGGACCUGCUGAGGGCUGCACAGGAGAAUAAGCACGACAGUGCCCCGGGUGAGCAGAGGGAGAGUGUCCGCAGACUCAGACACAGUCUGGGUUGUUUCGGCACGCUGGUGCCUUGGGCAGACAAGCCCCCCUCUCCCAUGCAGUCCCUCGGCCUAAGAACUCCCCACCCCGCCGCCCCCAACAGCCCUGCCUCCUGCUUUAUACCCUGUGCAGAAAGAAUAUAUGUGGCCGUGAAUGAGAUGGCCGGCCUUUUCCCUAAGAGGCCACGGUUUGAGACUGUAAGAAGCUCACUGCGUUUAUUGACGUCAAGCGCACACCGUUUACAGAACGAGUGUAAGAAGGCGUCUCUUCUGGAGAACAGCCCGGCAGUGGACAUGCAGUUGGUCACCCAGCAGGUCAUCCAGUGUGCCUAUGACAUCGCCAAGGCGGCUAAGCAACUAGUUACCAUAACCACCAAAGAAAACAACAACUGAUCCACCUGUAGUGCAGUCCCUUGUAUCAUUACAUUUUUUUGUGUAAUUUGUAAGAUAUAUUUGCAUGUUUUUGUUUUUAUUUAAGAUCUCAGUAGCCAUAAUAUAAAGCUUGAAAUGUUCUUAAGGAUUGUAUAAAAGGAUGUGUCUAUGUUUGAUCCAUGAAAGUAAAAUACAUGUAGAUGAGCGAUCAAGAAAGAUCUUCUCUCUUUAAUCAAAAUUGUUUUUUUUAAGAUUUCUGUGUCUUUCAUUUCUACCAUCAACCCAAUCAUAUUUAUACUGUAUACUUGAAGUAUAUACAGAAUGAAAAAAUAAUGGCAUUGAAUUUGCCAUUUUGUCAUAGUUUAUAAAUCAAUUGGUUGUAGCUUUAGUCUGUAUGUAAGAAAAAAUGAAGGUUUAUGAACAAUACUUGUAAUACAUAAAAAAAAAUCUGAUGUUUUUGUACAUUUACAAUAAGGUUGUAUUUGCAUUCAUCACACUUUUAAUGCAAGUUUACACAAAUAAAAGUGUUCAUGGUAGCGUGUUGGAAAUGUAUUGUUCAUUGUUAGUUCAUGUUAGUUAAAGCAUUAACUAGACAAUGUUAACAGAUACAAUCUUACUGUAAAUUGUUCUUUUAUUGCAGCUGUUUUCAAUACAUUCGCUGAAGAGACAAUCUUCACCAGCAGACUGACACUGUAGCUGUCAUGUUUUUUAUUGUUAGUUUGAACCAAGCUACAAAAUUUGUUCACCUCAUUAAGUUCAAUGUUCUUUUAAUUGCUCUUUAUUUCCUGUUCACAAUGCAACUUACUUGGUCAAACCAAAUGUGGACCUCUAUAGCUCAGUGUUAAAUUUUUUUGUUGAGCAUUUAUAGUUGUUUAAAUGAACUGGUCUUCCACUAAUUAAUAUUCGAGCACUGUUUGUGUUAAAAAGUACAAUGUGUUUUUAUUUUUUUAAAUAAAUGUAAUUUAUAAUUUUGACCCCAA